AUGAUUCACCCCAUCAUCUUCCCAUCCAUCGAAAAGGCCGCCGCCGUCACUAGCCCAUCGAUCCCCACCGCCGUCGUCACUUCGGCCAGAACCUGUCCAGAGUACACAUCCGAGAUAUCCAUCCCCUCCUCCGUUCGACACGCCAGGAACCGACAAUCCGGCGACACCGCCAGCGGCCACCCCUCAUUGUUCCGGAUUUUAUUCAUCUCCCAGCUCGAUACCCGCCCAGCCUCGUGCUCCCACACAUAUACGGCUCUCGCCCACACCGACACAACCACCCUCCCGUCCGGCGACACCCCCAAGGCCCGCGCCCCGGUUCCCGUCCCCGUCACGAUCCCAUCCACCUCCAUCCGCCGCAGUGUCCUCCCCGUCUUGGCCUCCGAUAUCCUCACCGUCCCAUCCCUCGACAGCGUCACAAGGUCGGCGCCAUUCGGCAUAAACAGAACAUGCGUCGGCGCAGCGUGGUUCAUAACGCCCGCCACCUUCUUCGUAGGCGGCAUCCCCGGCGGACUCGUCGCCGCCUCAAACACAACCACAACACCCAAGGGAUCCGCCGCCGCAAACUUCUUCCCAUCAGGACUAAACGCCGCGGGACGCCCGACACCGUUCAACGCGCACCGGACCCCUCGCCCUUCCUCCCCAGCGCGGAGCUUCACCCGCCACUCCCGCUUCCAUCCAGCAUCCUUCUCCACUACGGCCGUUAGUUUCCCGUCCGGGCUGAAGACGACGACGGGCGCGUCGUUACUUAUGUCCGACGGCACGAGGCGUGCGCCCACGGCGCCUGGUUUCUGGGAAAAGUCCCAGAUCUUGGUGCUGGAUGGUAAGGCGGUGCCCGUGUUGUCCUGGGAUGUGGCGACGUAG